ACGUCGGUUGCAUAAAGCUUCUCGACUAGCACACGGCUGGCCUACAGAGACUGAAAGAGACUCGAGAGAAAGAGAGGCAAGGGCUGGCCGGCUGGGGGCGGGCCGGCGGAGAGCGGAGGCGCCAUCACUCUGUUCUUCUGCUAUUCUCCAGAGGAAGCGGCGGGCAAGGGAAGUGUCACAGUUAAUCAAUGGCAACUCCCAAUACAUACGCAGUCCAUGUCUCCUCAGAGACCCACAAAGUUGAGGCCUGGUGCGAAUCUGAUGAAGCUUUGGCCAGGCAAUUGCAAGAGGAGGAGAACUCGCGUGAUGCUACCGCUACAAGGGAAUUUGCUGGUAACGUAUCCUUGGAAUCAUCAUCACCAACAGUUGAGUAUAGACCUGCCAAUAAUGCAGCCCAGAAUAUGCAGGUGGCCAUGGAAGACAAUGUCGACCCGGAUAAUAUGUCAUACGAGCAACUACAAGCAUUCGGUGAAGCAGUAGGAACCCAAUCCAGAGGAUUAUCUGAUGACCUGAUAUGCUAUUUGGUGCCAUUUAGGAACAAGUGUAACUUCUUCUCCAGCAAAAAGAACCACGAGGAAUGUGUGAUAUGCAAAUCAACCUAUAAAAGCCGACAGAAGUUGAUAAGAUUACCCUGCAGCCAUUGUUACCAUGCAGAUUGCAUAACUCGCUGGCUCAAGAUUAACAAGGCAUGCCCGGUUUGCAAUGAGGAGGUAUUCGGUUAAUUUGUGAUGUUCAUGUGAUAUUUCAACCUCAUCGUUGUGAUUUCAGGCCAUGUUGCUCGCUUGUGGUCUACGAAUAUUAUGCAGCACAAUCCCAAUUGGCCUACCGUGCUUGAUGAAAAUUUCCAUUUGGACCAUGUCAUAUUUGAUGUGUCCAUCUGACUUGGUUUUACCACAAAAAAUGUAGAUCUGUGUGGUUACUACUACGGUUGCAAGAUUUCUAAGAAUACAACUAGCAGGAGCAGCUCAUGACGUGAUGUGAUUUGCUGUGUAUAUCCAUAUUGUAAAGUAAGAAGCAAGAUUGUCAAUGUUUUAUAUCCCUCCAUUCUUGCAUAUUUCUGUACUGGACAAAUGCACACGGUUAUUUCGGUCAGAAGUUAGACAAGAUACUACCUCCACAUCACAAUGCA